UGUGUGUAGUCUGUGUUAGGAAGAGAAAGUGGGGAAAGUAAAGAUGGAGUGGAAUUGGAUAUGGGCGGUGGGUUUAUUAUGGUUAUUGGGAUUAUGGGGAUGGAGAGUUGUGAAUUGGGUCUGGUUUAGGCCUAAAAGACUUGAGAAGUGCUUGAGACACCAAGGCCUCGCCGGCAACUCUUAUCGCCUUCUCUUUGGGGAUACAAAGGAGAUUGCGGCGGCCGUCCACCAAGCGAGAUCGCACUCCAUGUCCUUCUCCCAUGAUAUUGCUCCACGCACCACCCCUACUUCUCAUACCACCAUCCACAAAUACGGUAAGGAUUCUUUCACAUGGAUUGGCACAACUCCAAGAGUGUAUAUAACAGAGCCUGAACAAGUGAAGAUUGUUUUCUCUCAAAUUAAUGAUAUUCGUAAGACAUCUUCUUUUCCUCUUAGACGUAGAAAGGGAAGUGGUGGGGUCGUCUCUCUUGAGGGGUCUAAAUGGGCUAAGCAUAGAAAGAUCAUCAACCCUGCAUUUCACAUGGAGAAAUUAAAGGAUAUGUUUCCAGCAUUCUCCAAGAGUUGUAGGGAAAUGGUUAACAAAUGGGAAAAGAUGAUUCCUGCUGAAGAAGGAAGUUGUGAAAUAGAUGUGUGGCCUGAUUUGCAAAAUAUGGCUGCUGAUGUGAUUUCUAGAACUGCUUUUGGAAGCAGUUUUGAGGAAGGAAAAAAGAUCUUCCAGCUCUUGAAACAGUGGGCCAUGCUAUUGAUGACAUACCUAACAAAGGGAGUUUAUUUCAUUCCAGGCUUUAGGUACAUGCCAACUAAAUUAAACAAGCGGAUGGAAGAGAUUGAUAGGAAAAUACAAGAUAUGGUUUGGGGUAUUAUAAGGAAAAGACAAAAUGCAAUGAAGAAAGGUGAAGGUUCCAAUAAUGAAGAUCUAUUAGGCAUCCUUUUAGAAUCAAAUGCAAGCCAAAUUGAAGAACACAAAAACAAGAAAGAUGUUGGAAUGAGCAUAGAAGAAGUAAUUAGCGAAUGCAGGCUUUUCUAUUUUGCUGGCCAAGAAACCACAGCUGCAUUGCUUGCUUGGACAAUGGUUCUGCUUGCUCGAUACUCAGAGUGGCAAGAUCGAGCCAGAGCAGAAGUUUUGGAGGUUUUCGGUGAUAGCAACAAAUUGGAUUUUGAUGGUCUAAGUCGUCUAAGAGUAGUCAAUAUGAUACUAAAUGAAGUUCUAAGGCUAUACCCUCCCGUUGGAAUGCUAGCUCGAGAGAUUCACAACGAAACAAAGUUAGGGAAUCUAACAUUACCAGUUGGAGUAUCAAUUGGAAUACCAAUUUUAAGCAUACACCAAAAUACCAAAAUAUGGGGUGAAGAUGCAAUUGAGUUCAAACCAGAAAGAUUUUCAGAAGGAAUUUCCAAAGCAACAAAGAAUCAAGUAUGCUUUAUUCCUUUUGGAUGGGGUCCUCGAAUCUGUCUUGGUCAAAACUUUGCGAUGAUUGAAGCCAAAAUAGCAUUAUCCAUGAUCUUGCAACAAUUCUCGUUUACACUUUCUCCAGCCUAUACUCAUGCUCCUAUCUCAAACAUUACUAUUCAGCCACAACAUGGGGCUCAUCUCAUCCUUCGUAAGCUGUAAUUCUCGUUUUCAUUUGUGUUAUCUUUCUUCUCCAGAGUACCUACUUUGUUUAUUUCUACUAUAGUUUUGAUUUUAUAAAUAGGUUCUUUAAUGUUAGUUCGGUUUAUUGGGGCAAUUUAAAUAUAGCAAUCAGGUCCAGAAUAUUAGCAGAUAAAGCUCAAUGCAAAAAUAUUUUCAAUUAUGACAAAAUUUAGAUAUAACUCUUAAAGUCUUUCAAUAAUAGAAUCUUGGUGAUA